UGACCGUCGAGACUGUCUAGCGUGAGGCUAGCUGCUAACCAUGCUGGUCUUUAUUGUAGUUACGGCUCUUCCUCAGCUUUCAGUCAGACUUUCUGGGCUCCUGGUUCAUGGUUCGUCUGUAGCCCAUCAGAGGACCUUUAGUGUGUCAGCUAUUGGAGCAGCCAUUCAGAAAAUGACAAGCGUUCGUGUUGUGGAUAACAGCACUCUUGGAAACACACCAUCUCACCGCCCACCUAGAGUAAUCCACGUCUAUACUAAGAAUGGUGUGGGAAAAGUCGGUGACAGAGUGUUGCUUGCCAUCAAAGGACAGAAGGAGGCCAUUAUUGUUGGACACAAAAUGCCUGGGGCAGCCAUGACACCACGUUUUGAUUCAACCAAUGUUGUUUUGAUCGAGGACAAUGGGAACCCGAUAGGAACAAGAAUCAAGGUCCCCGGACCCACACAUCUCUGCAAAAUGGAGGGAGACAACUAAAAACUGUUAUCAAUUGCUAGUUAAUUUAUAUACGUUGCCUCUCACAUUGGAGUGAAUGUGGGGCAUUAUUGUAAAGCACCUUGAGGGUUGGAUGCAGAUGGAAAAGCACUAUAGAAAUGCAGUCCAUUUACCAUGUUCAAAACAUUCAAAAAUAGAUUUUUCAAAUAAUGUUUGUGUUUUGUUGUUGUUGUGUUCUGUCUGCGGGAGGGGGAGGGUGGUGUGUUUGAGUGUAGAUGUCUCUCGGCGCACAGCGAGCAAAGAGCAGAAUUUUACAAACACAUUUUUAAACUUUUCUUUUUCUGUCAAAAUCUGCUGUGAGAGUCUCAGUCGUCACUGUGGUUCAACUAUAAACACAGCUGGAGACCUGCGGCGCAUAACAACAAACACUAACGUGCUUCUUUUGUUUGUUCUUGUUUUUUUUUCUCCAAAAUAAUACACCUAAAAUCUCUU